AUGGACAGGCUGAGGGAGAGAGCAUCCCGAUUGAAGGAGGAGAGCGUGUGUCUGCAGAAGGCCUUGGAGAAUGCAUGUACGCCCCAAGUGGAGGAUGUGAGGAGCUUCCUGGAGUCCGAGGGGGGCGUGGAACUGGCGGGCGAGAUACUCCUCUCAGGUGGCCUGGAUUUGUUGGAAAAAAUCCAGAAGCGCUAUCCGGAGUUUGUCUUCAGCCUGGAGGAUCUGUUGGGCGAGGAGGAAGAGGGGGGUGCAGGCCAGGGUGACAUAGUGCCGACGCCGAGUGCCGAGGGGCAAGGGGCUGUGGGGGAGGGGCCGGUGCCCGGGGCUGAGCAGGUGGCCGGGCUCCGAGAGCUGGGUGGUGAUGCCUGA